AUGGCGCCACAUCCGGCCCGCGCCGGAAGUCGCCUGGGCCUGCUGGCGCAAGCCCCGCUUGCCGUAUCGCGCGCGGGGCACGCCGGGAGGGUGGCCGGUUGUCAUGGGAACGGGGCCUGGCCCCUUUGAAAACAGAAAGCCUGGUUCUCUUUCCUGGGGCGGGGAAGCAUGGCGGGGGUCGGCCUGAGCGGCGGUGCUGCUGCUGCCGCCGCCGCCCUCUCCGGGCUGCUGCUCCUUCUCCUCCUCGGCCUGCUCCAGCCGAGCAGCGGGGAUGGCGGCUGGGACCCGGCGGGGUACCUGCUCUAUUGCCCCUGCAUGGGGAGAUUUGGGAACCAGGCAGACCAUUUUCUGGGCACCUUGGCAUUUGCCAAGAUGAUAAAUCGGACAUUAGCUGUGCCCCCCUGGAUUGAGUAUCGGCAUCACAAGCCUCCAUACACAAAUCUGCACGUUCCCUACAAAGAAUAUUUCAAGCUAGCACCUCUCCUGGAAUACCACCGGGUUGUCACCCUGGAAGAAUUCAUGGAGAAGCUGGCCCCUGUCCACUGGCCUCCUGGCAAGAGGGUGGGAUUCUGCUUUGAAGCGGCAGCUCAGAGAAGUGUGGAUAAAAGGACAUGCCCCAUGAAGGACGGAAAUCCCUUUGGGCCCUUUUGGGAUCAGUUUGACGUGGAUUUCGAUAGGUCGGAGCUGUUUGGAGGCAUCUCCUUCGGGGCCUCUUACAAGGACCACUGGAUCCGAAGGUUUCCUUCCUCUGAAUACCCUGUUGUGGCCCUCCCGGGGGCACCAGCCCAGUUUCCAGUUCUGGAGGAGUAUCGGCCUCUGCACCGGUUUAUGGUGUGGUCUGACAAGCUGGUGGACAAAGCAGAGUCCUACAUUAAUUCCUUCCUAGUCAGACCCUACGUGGGAAUACAUUUGCGAGUGGGCUCAGACUGGAAAAAUGCGUGCAAUAUGUUGAAGGAUGGCACAGCUGGGUCUCACUUAAUGGCUUCACCUCAGUGUGUGGGCUAUGACCGGCACACCGCCGUGCCCCUCACCAUGGACAUGUGUCUGCCGGGCCUGAAGGAGAUCCAGCGUGCCCUCAAGCUCUGGGUGAAGGCGGUGGAAGCCAAAGCUGUGUACGUCGCCAGCGAUUCUGAGCCCUACACCCACGAAAUACAGCAGCUCUUCAACGGGAAGGUGAAGGUGGUGUACCUGCAGCCCGAAGUGGCCCAGAUAGAUUUGUACAUCCUCGGCCAGUCUGACCAUUUCAUCGGGAAUUGCGUCUCCUCCUUCACUGCCUUUGUGAAGCGGGAGCGUGACGUGCACGGGAAACCGUCCUCCUUUUUUGGCAUGGAUCACCCGCCCAUGCUGCGGGAUGAGCUGUAG